AUGUAACAUGAAAAAUUUACAAAUAAAAUUGAAUUGAUGCUACUAAAUUAAGAAAUCUAUACUUUAAGAUUAUUGGAUUCUCCAAAUAUUAUUAAAAUGUAUCAAUGCAUUUCGUUAAUAAGAAAAUUUUACAUAAUUAUUGAAUUAUGCAAUUUAGGUAUUUGAAACUAUUAAUGUAUUAAUCAGGAGAUUUAUUGUAAUUGAUAGAGAUUAAAAAUAAUUAAAAAGAAAGUAAAGCAAUUUAGUUAUUCAAAUAAAUUAUUAAUGGUUUUUAGAGCAAUUAAAAAAAGGUGUUAUUAAUAGACAUAUUAAACCUUCAAAUAUUUAUUAAAUGAUGGCAUACUAAAAAUAGCAGAUUAUGAUUUUUCUAAAUGGGAGUUCAAGUAUAAGUAAUUUAUAAUGUUGGUACAAAACUAUCUAUGAGCCCUUUAGCCUUAAUGGACAAUUAUUAGUUUGAAAAAGUGUCAUUUGGAAUAUAGGA